AGUUUGCUCCAAGACGUUCGCAGCUUCAGUUGACAUAAAAUAAAAUAUUCGCCAACUAUAUGAAAAACGUUUACAAUGGGUGCAUCCGUGCGAAUAUUAAAUGCGUUUAAAGUUUAAUAAAAUAGGUUCAAUUCAUUUUGAUUAAGCACUCAUAAUUUUUUUAGCCCGAUUUGAAGUGGUUUUUUAGUGCUCGAUUCUUUUUUUUUUUUUGCACAGUGAUUUAAGUGAAAACUGUUUGUAGACGAAACGAAGUAUGCUUUUAGGCGCGGGGUGAUAAAUGCAUGUAACAAAAGCAUACACAUACAUGCAUACAUAUAAUAUAUAAAUAUGUAGCAGUGUUAAGGUAAACACAUGAACCACAAUGAAUAGCCACUAUCGUACAAAAAUCAAAAAAUAAAAAAAAAAAAACAAAAUAAAAUACAAAAAACAAAUACAAAUACAAAUAGAGUACCUGAGGAGCAUUGUUGUAAAUGAAUGCCAAGUGAAAAGUACAAGUGAUCAGCAGGACAAAACAACAUUGUUGUUAUGCAAGAAUUAGUGUUAAAUUUUUUAACGAAACUCAGUUGUCAUAAAAAUGGCCAUCAACAUAUUAGAUUAUGACCAUUACGCAAUCAGUGCGAUUGUUACGGUCAGCAUGCAGAUAUUAUUCUUUCUGAUCAAUUCCAUACUACAAAUGGAUAAGCUGACGGAUUUCGCUGGUGGUGUUAAUUUUAUAAUAAUUUCGCUGCUUACAUUCUUUCUUGGACAAAUUGAUAGACCAUCGAAGGCCUACGACAGUCGCCAACUUAUGGUCACCCUAUUUGUUUGUCUUUGGGGUGCGCGUCUCUCGGGUUAUCUGCUUUAUCGUAUUAUAAAAUUGGGACGUGAUAAACAGUUUGAAGAUACAAGACGGAAUAUAAUCAGAUAUGCUGUUUUCUGGACAUUUCAGGCCGUCUGGGUUUAUAUAGUCUCCUUACCAGUGAUAAUCAUUAACUCGCCGCGCCAUUCACAGCCAAAUGCUCCAAAGACUAUGACCACAUUGGACUCGACGGGCACGGGCAUGUUCAUUGUGGGUUUGUUAGCGGAGACGUAUGCGGAUUUGCAAAAGUUUUCAUUUCGACAGGAUCCAGCGAAUCAAGGAAAAUUUUGUAAUGAUGGUCUGUGGAGUCUAUCGCGUCAUCCCAAUUACUUUGGCGAGGUCGUAAUUUGGUGGGGUAUCUUCGCUAUCUCAUUAAACGUUAUCUCCGGUCACGAAUGGGUGGCUAUUGCUUCGCCCAUUUUUACCACUUUCAUUAUACUCUUCCUAUCGGGCAUACCGCUGCGCGAACGUUCAGCCGAUGAGAAAUACAAAGACCAACUAGAAUAUCGUAAAUACAAAGCGUCAACAUCACCACUCAUACCCAUACCACCGUCGGUGUAUGUGGAAGUGCCGAGCGCAUUGAAAUUCAUACUCUGCUGUGAGUUCCCCAUUUACGACACCAUGCGCAUCCAGAAGGACAUCAGCCCCUACUCAUUGUCCAUAGCACGCUCCCACUCACACAUAUAGCAAUCAGUUGCCCACUCUGGCAGUGGGCAACACGGUGCGGUGGGUCAUUCACUACAACGUCACGGCACCGAUGUCGGUUCGGAGCAUCGUGGCCAAUGUUAUGGUGCUAACGGUGGCGAUGCGGAGAGUCAUCAUAAUUGUGGUGGCACCUGUCGCAAUGCACACAUCAAAUCAAAUCCAUAUCAGAGUGAUUCUGGCUAUGGUGGUUACACCGGUUACCAAGUCAAUGGCAAUGCAGCCCAGCAGCGGCAUGCCAAUAUUAAUGCCGUACACAACACCACCGAUGAUGAUGAUGAUACCGAUGAUGGUAUUAUCUAUAUGCCAGGACCAUCGUCGUCCAAAAAACAACCACACUACUUUCAUGCGCCAAUGGUGAAUGCCACGGAAAAGAAGCAACGUGCCGAGCAAUCGGAUGGCGAGGAGCAAGUGGAGCCGGAGCAUGAAGAAGACUACGAUGAAGAUAUACCGCCAAUUGAUUUGAGUAAAGCGCCGAGCGUAGAGAGCUUCACGACGACGACGAAAGUGCAAACGGAGAAGGGUAUCAAUGCUGAUGGUGCGUCAUUUACGGUAACUACGAUACUGUGAUUUGGUCGCGUUGAUUUGAAGUAAUUAUAAUUACAUACAUACAUACAUACAUACAUAUAUGCUUGCACUGUGAGUGAGCGUGUGGUGAGAAGGGGGAAGGGGGCAAAUCUAAUUACAGUGUUAAAUGUAAUUGUUCUGUUCGAAAUGCAAUUACGAUUUGCGUGUGAGUAUAGUUUUUUUUUGCGGUUUCUUGCACACAUAUGCAUGUAUGUACUUAUCUAUAUACUAAUAUGAAUACUCGUUGGAGAACAACAAUUUUACGCUAUUUUGUGGUAUUUGUAGGCGGAAAAAAAAAAACGUGAAAAGUAUUCAAUUUAAUUGUGCUUGCUGAAAAUGUUUUGCAUUAGGGUGUGCAAUAAUGUGCCAAAGGCUUAAUUUUAACUGAGAAGCUAAUACAAAAUUUGUAUGUAUGUAAUAUUUGUAUGUGUAUGCUUGCAAGCUUUCUACUAAAAGACUACGCUAUCACAAGGUAUUCAACCUUGUAGCUGACGGAGAGCGCUUAUCUUAGUUUUGAGUAGUAGGAGGAUCUGCGUAAAAUGUCUGAUCAUUGGAAUUCUAUUAAAUAUGUGUGAAAAGUGCAAUUUUUUAGGUGAGAAGAAAAAUAAAACAUAAAACUGUCUUUUAAAUCCACAAAUCUGUACAACAUGCAGUCCAAAGCAACAAAAACAAUUACAAUAUAUACUCUACAAAUGUGCCUGUCAUUUGUUGCACUUAUUCAAAGUCUAUAAAAAUGUUAUAAAGUUAUGUAUAUAACCAUAAUACCUACAUAAACAAAAAUAAUAACUGAAAUAAUAGUGAAUAUGUAACUAAAAAAAAACGUAAAAACACA